AUGAGUUUUAUACAGACUGUUCCCUCUGUGCUGGGGAGUGUCAGAGUGGAGCGUGGAGGCAUCCCAGCACCAGUACGAGACAAGCCAGCCGACCAUCCAGACCGGCUCCAACACAGACAGAGGAAGAUGAUGAUGCACUCAGGCCUGGAUGAGGUGACUAAGCAGAGGAUGCUGCAGGCUAAGGCUCUGUCUAAGGAGGCCAGAGGACGGGGUCUGAACCUGGGGAAGAAGAUCAGCGUUCCAAAGGACGUGAUGAUGGAGGAGCUCAACCUCCAAUCUAAUCGAGGCUCCCGCAUGUUUCAGGAGAGACAGAAGAGAGCUGAGAGGUUCACAUUGGAGAACGCUGCCGGGGUCGCUUACAACACCAACAAUGUCUAUACAGAGGCUGCUCCUCCCAUGCAGAUCACACAAGAACCACAGGGAGGAAAAGAGAACCAGGCUUUCUGCAUCCCUGGUAAGCAUAGCCUGGUCAUGAACCUUCAGAAGACCAUAGCAAAGAAGGGCAAUCCUGACGUCCUUGCUCCAGGGUAUUCUGGACCUCUGAGGGCAGUUCCUCAUGAGAAGUUCAACACAACAGUAAUCCCCAAAUCCUACUGCUCCCCAUGGACGGAAGCUUUGGGGGGCAGCGAAGAGCUCCUGAAUGCCCUCAAUACCCAGCUGCCUGAGCCCCCACAAAGACUACUGCCUUCCAACUACAGGUGCUUUAACAGAUCUGCCAUGCCUUUUGGGGGUGGUAUGGCCAGCAAGAGGGUGAUCCCAGUGAUUAGCUUUGAGGCGGUGGAGUCCCAGAAGCUACCCAGCAUUGCUCAGGAGCGCCUGUGUCGGCGGCCCAACUUCAACAGAGCACCCAAGGGAUGGGGAAUUGAUUACUACCCUGAAUCUAAUGAACUAUGAAAAGGGCUGAUCAGCUAAAGACUAAAGCACUGACCUAUGCUUGCUCCUCUCCUCCUACAAAGAUGAUCCCUCUGUUAAUCAGCAGGCACUACAGAGGGUGAUCCUGCGUGAUAUAUAUAAAGUGGUUAUGCUACUGCACGGUAUGAUCAGCAACUCUGUGCUGAGUGCUGGAAUUAAUUCAUUACCACAGUAGAGUCCAGGGCAACGCUGCUACAGGCUGAAAACCUCUACCUAUCCUUCCCUUUUUGUCACCGUUGGCAGUAUACUUCCACAUGUAUCCCCUAUUGUUUCACAGCAAUAGUGGGAGAUUAUAUCUUUCACAACAAUUAAAAGAAGCAGAUGUGUUAAUGAACAAUAUGCACUCGAGAUGAUUAAUGACAAAGUUGUGUCAUUUUAAUGACGAGUAAAAACAACAUCCAAAGUAAGCAGUACAAUAAACCAAGUCAUUAUGCUGUGGAAUAUUAAGGUUGUGUCGAAGAAGAAGAAGAAGAAAAAGACAAUGUAAAUUAAACUUAACAUGUUUAAAAAUGCUGCAUACUCCAUGUGAUGCUUUGCAGGAUGUUUAACCUACAGUAUACAUUUUUGUAUGUACAAUGGCUCCAACCACAGGAGCCUGUAAAAACCAUAUGGCCCCUAUCACACCGGCUGUUUAUCUCAUGUCUUUCACUAUGUUAACUUCCACUGUUCAGAUACUCUUCUGGUGCUUUUUUAACUGCGAGUAGUGACAAAUUAAUCUUGUAACGUGCUGGCUGUCGUCUCUCCAGACGCAGAUGGUCCUCGUUCAGUU